AUGGAAGCACCGGUCCUCGACGGGUUGCUCGAAGGAUAUCCCACCGUCAUCGACACUGUCGCCCAGCGACUUCCAGACCUAUUGGUACUAAUCCUCUUCCUCCGUGGCGGCUCGAAUCAAAGGAUCAGUACACAUUGCAUUUGGCCUGAUCCAAUAUGGGUUUACGCGCCUCCUUUCGCGCAGUUCACCAAGCUGCGGCAUUUUGAAUGGAACUAUCCAUAUCACGAGGGGGUUGUAACACCGUGGUCGCUGCUACUGCUCGAAGGUCAGGACAUUCAGGAUCAUAAUGAGUCCGUGCUGCCAUACCUGGCCCAUGAGUCGGAUGAUGAUGAAGAUAUCGAUCACGUUCCAUAUGCAGCAUCAGUGUUUAGGGUGUACUGCCAGGCGCCAGAAUUAACAGUGGUCUACACUCGCCCUGAUCAACCGUCCAAGCGUUGGUGGAUGAUAUCCGAUAGUGGGAAAUGUGUCCCAGAUACAAGAGAGUGUGAUCCGGAUUCUUUGGAUCUCGAAUGGAAUCCUUGGCUGCAUAGGUCAUAUUUGGAUGUCUCUUGUCGGUGGUGGUAA